AUGCACUAACGCCAUCUGUUGGCGCUAGUGAAUACUUUUUUCAUUCAACAAAUGAACGCAACGAAUAUUUAUUUAUUUAGUGUUUAGUGUCUUCAAUUUUUUUAUCAAUUACUCAUAUAUCCAUUCAUACUUAGACGUAUCCACGCAUAAAAUAUGGCUGUAUCAAUGAUACAGCCAACCAGGGUUUUUUCUACAGCCUUCGUUGCAUUUUUACCUUUUUUAUAAUAAAAUUUUAAAAUGUAUCGAAUUCAUCAUUAGAUUCACUCAUUUUGUCAGUAAGAAAAAAAUGAAAAUCACACAUUUUCUUAAUUUGAAUUCGGGGUUAUCUUCUUUUAAAAUUUAAACUUUUUAAUGAUACCGAAACGAAAAGAUUUUAUCACACGUUUAUGCAUAUUAUAUGCGAAAAGACUUUUUUCCCAACCUAUUACUUUUCUCAAAACAUUUAAGAAUAUAAUACAAAAGUUCUAUCUUUAUAUGGGAAUUCAUCAUUUACACUGUAAUAGUGUAGUUAAUAGAAAUAGUGGCUCUUGAAAUGUUAAAUGUGACAGAUAGACAUAACACAAAUUUUAUUUGUUUCAGAAAUGAACAUAAAAGUUUAAUAUUCAGUGCUACUGGCGAUCGAAACUCUGAAGUGCUAUUGAAUCCGUUGAUAGACAUUGAUUUUAAAAAUAUAUAUUUUGUUAUACCUACUGCCUACAAGAGAACGCAUAAGCAUAACGACAAUUACUCGGUAGUUGAACACAAAGAUCUACUCGCUAGAUGCCACAGAAAUGCAGAAACUUGGGAAAAUAUAAAAAAAGGGACCAAUUCCACAAAGAUUACCAUCUUAGAGAGUGUCUCAGAAGCUUUAAUUAGUAUUAAGAGCCAAAACAAAAACAUCAACAGAACAUCCGUCCUUGUAACAGGGUCUUUGCACUUAGUCGGCGCUACGCUCUCUAUAAUUGAUCCUAACUUAAGCAGUACCUAAAUGAAUUGAGUACUUGAAGAAAUAAAUAUUUUUAUAUUAUUUUGUUGUCAUUUGUUGCUUUAAACUUAUGGUACCUACCACUCGUUCGAAUUAACAUGACGC